AUGUUCGCUACGGACGGCAAAGAUUCAAUCAACCGCACUGAAUCCGAAACCGGCGACUGCUCAAGCACCACGGCAGGCUCCUGCAACUCAGGCACCCACGUCCCGGACUCUACCCGGACUCAGCAUCACCAACGUCAGUGUGACCAACCUCAGGCGCUAGGGACUGUUGGAGACGCGCUCUGGAACGGCAUGGCUGAAGGUGUGCUGCAUGCGUCUGCUGGCUCAGAAACCGAGCGAAAGAUCAGUGCAAGUAACAGUUUGAGAAGUAGUGGUGUUUUUGCGUCAUACCCUGAGCAGGACCUGCUCACGUCAGUUGUCUUGGAACCUGUUGCUGCGCAAGUCGCCUCGGAAGUUGACGUAGAGACCGGUAAGAGGGAGCAAAGCACCCCACUGGCCCCCGGCCAAACGGGCAGCGCAGUGCCCGCUACCAGCGCCUUGACCGCCACCAGCGCCUUGCCCGCUACCAGCGCCUUGCCCGCUACCAGUGCAUUGCCUUCGUUGUGGGCACUGUCUUCCUCCUUAGUCCCCAGGAAUUCAGGCACCGACUCCAAUGGCUACGACCCCAGAGGUUACGAGCAAAGUGUGCGGCAAUCUAGUGUUGAGUUGGAAGCGUAUUUACGCUGUGGUGUACUGUCUUCGAGCUCCCCUUGCCCCGUGACUUCCGACUGGGUGUUGCCUCCCAGUUUGGCUGGUCCCGGUUCUGGUAACCGCUCCGUCCCCGGUUCGAUUCCCAGCUUUGCUUCCAGCUCGAUCCUAGCGCCGGGCACGGUACCGGAGGAGGCGGUGGUUCGCGAUGUGCGGUUCCGGAAACGGUACGGUGGACUACGUGUGACCGGGCAACAGCCGCUGGACCGCGUAGGCCCCCCGCGCGCCGGAGCAAUUGCGUGCGGGACGGUCAGCGCGGUAUCGGGAAUUCCUCUCGUGACGGCGCAGGGUCGACCGCGCGAUGUGAACCGUCGUGGCGUACUCGAGGAUCUCCUCAUGGCUCACGAAAUCGCCGUCCUCCGAACGCCACCGCCGCUCCGUGCUGCGGAGGUUGCGCGCAAAGCUCAAUUCGUCCGUCGCCUCGUCUACGCCAGUCCGGAGGGGCUGUCAAGGCAAGGGCGCGGAGCGACCCAAUCAGGGCAAAGACACGACUUGACCGAGCAAGGCCAGGGUCUGAGUGAGCAAGGUCACGGUCUGAGCGAGCAAUGGCACGGCCUCAGCGAGCAGGGGCACGGUCUGAGCGAGCAAGGUCACGGUCUGAGUGAGCAGGAAAGGAACGGCAGUCUGGGACGGUCCCCAGGUGGCCGUGUCGAAGCGGCGUCGCCUCCUUCCUCCAGUCGUCGCGAGCUCUACAGACGCCUCGUGCGCGCUCUCGACCAACGCGCACCGCCAGAGCAGAGGCUGCUGCCCCCAAGCAACAGUCCGGCGGCGUCGAAGCCGACGGGGCCCGGACCCAAGCAAGGUCCGCCUAGUGCGGUCCGCAAGGCCCGGCCGAAACUGAGUCAGAAGUUGGGCGGGGACCUACGUCGAGCGACCCUGGCCUCGACUGUGGCGGCCGCAGGCGACGGCUGUCCGGCUCUCGGCGGUCCGUACUGCCGUAGAAAAGACGAGGCUGCGGAGGCUAGCCAAUCGUUGCUACCGCCAGCCGGGGUCCGCCUGUGCGACCCAGGACCAGUCGUCGUUGGCUACUUUGCCCGCCAUUUGGGCUACGGGACAGCAUGGGGCUGGAUCCAGACUCUUUCAACGAGAAAGCAAGCUGAGCGACUACUUUGUGUAGGUACCGACCAACCCACUACCUCAACGAUCGCCCCAACCGUCACCGGGCCGGAGCGACGACCUGCGUGGAAGGACGACCUGCCCGAGCGACUACCUGAACCCGAACCCAGCGACUACUUAGACUGA